AAUAAAAAAAAAAAUAAAUAAAAAAUAAAUAAAAAAAUCAUGAUUUUGUUUCUUUUGAAAUAAAGAAAAAAUAACGAGAAAAAUAUUACUAUCGAAAUAAAUAAAUAUUUAAAUAUAAAAUAUAUAUAUGAACCUUUCUAAAUUAUAUAUUAUUCUUUACAUUCUUUUCUUAUAAAUAACUUUAUCCCCCCUAUAUCCAUCCAUACCAUGAUUGCAUCCGCUACUUUCCUUCUCAUCUUUCUCGCUUCGUAUUGUAACGCUAAUGAUUCUAGACACAUAGAUCUGGAAUUUGAGGACGAUACUUAUACUAACUAUAGUGAAAUACCAAAACUUGAUGAUACAAGAAUUUAUGGCCCAUAUGCUACUCGAGACUUUUACAUCGUCUUGAUUUUUGGUUUAUCUGCAUUACUAGUAAAUUUACUUGGAAGCUUAUACGUUAUAUAUCGAACAUAUAUCCAAUUAAGACGUGUUGGAAAAAAUAAUGUUCCUUUAUCUUUGAGAUUUCCAUUCUAUAUCGCAUUAACUGAUACAUUUCUUUCGCUUGUCUUUACAGCAAAUUUGGGCUAUACUAUUAUACGGAAAUUGCCAUGGCCAAAUCCGGCAUGUAAAAUAUUCGGCGCUUCUGUAUCAACAUUAUUUGCAUUAAAUAUAUUUCUUGUGGGUCUUGUAGCUUUGACAACAUGGUCUUGUGUAUGUAGAGAAUAUUAUAUAGAGUUUGGGACAUACGAUUAUAGACUUUGGGGUGUAACUUUAGUGCUGUCUGCUUUAUUCUUUUUUUUUUCAUUGGAUCAAUCCGGUCAACAAAAAUUUUGGUUUGUACUUCAACUUGAUAAUUAAUUUCUUUUUUUUUAAUAAUUUUUUAUAUUGAUAUUGAA